GUGCGGAGCUACAUGCUGCAUGUUCGGCUAAUCACUAGCGCGCGCUGCUGAGAUCAGAGCGGAGCCGCCUCGCGCAGCCGCCUCGCGCAGCAGCAGCGCGUCAGUGUACCGACACCGUUUACCUUCUUCUCGGCCCUCUCCUCCUCGUCCUCCUCUUCUCGCACCUUCCUCUCGGCCUGGGCUUGGAGGGAUGGAAGCCCUGGCCGGAAGCUUGUUCGCGGUCCGGAGCUCGUGACACAUUUUAUUUUAUUUUUUUAUUCUUUUCCCCCCCAAAACAUGCCGCUGAAAUGGAAAAGCGCUUCUCCGGUCAGCUGGAAAUUCCCCGUGCCUGUGCUUAAAGCCUCGCGCUCCUCUCCGUUAUCACCGGCUUAUAUAUCCCUGGUGGAGGAUGAUGAUGCUCAUAUGAAGGUGUCUCUUGGCUGUGGUGAGAUGGGGCUCUCUUCCCACCUGCAGGCAUCCAAGACGGGCAACACCCGCUUCUUCACCAGUAACACGCACAGCUCCGUCGUCCUACAGGGUUUCGACCAGUUGAGGAUAGAGGGGCUGCUGUGCGACGUCACGCUGGUGGCCGGCGACGGCGACGAGGCGUUUCCUGUCCACCGAGCCAUGAUGGCGUCAUCCAGCGACUAUUUCAAAGCCAUGUUCACAGGUGGGAUGAAGGAGCAGGACCUGAUGUGCAUCAAGCUGCACGGCGUGAACCGCGUGGGCCUGAAGAAGAUCAUCGACUUCAUCUACACCGCCAAGCUCUCGCUCAACAUGGAGAACCUGCAGGACACCCUGGAGGCGGCCAGCUUCCUGCAGAUCCUCCCGGUGCUCGACUUCUGCAAAGUGUUCCUCAUCUCCGGGGUGUCUCUGGAGAACUGCGUGGAGGUGGGGCGCAUCGCUAGCGCGUACAACCUUGCCGAGGUGGACAAAUACGUGAACAACUUCAUCCUGAAGAACUUCCCGGCGCUGCUGGGGACGGGCGAGUUCGUGAAGCUGCCCGUGGAGAGACUAGCCUUCGCUCUGUCUUCCAACGGUCUGCGGCGCUGCAGUGAGCUGGAGCUGUUUAAAGCGGCGUGCCGCUGGCUGCGGGCGGAGGACGGGCGCAUGGAGCACGCGGCCCGCCUCAUGCGCAACGUCCGCUUCCCGCUGAUGAGCCCGAGCGAGCUCAUCAACCACGUGCAGACGGUGGACUUCAUGCGCACGGACAAUGCCUGCGUCAACCUGCUGCUGGAGGCCAGCAACUACCAGAUGAUGCCCUACAUGCAGCCGGUGAUGCAGUCCGAGCGCACGGCCAUCCGCUCCGACAGCGCGCACUUAGUGACUCUGGGUGGCGUCCUGCGCCAGCAGCUGGUCGUCAGCAAGGAGCUGCGUCUGUUCGACGAGAAGGCGCACGAGUGGCGGGCGUUGGCGCCGAUGGACGCGCCUCGCUACCAGCACGGCAUCGCGGUCAUCGGCAACUUCCUGUACGUCGUCGGCGGGCAGAGCAACUACGACACCAAGGGGAAGACCGCGGUGGAUACGGCGUUCCGCUACGACCCGCGCUACAACCGCUGGAUGCAGGUGGCCUGCCUCAACGAGAAGCGGACCUUCUUCCAUCUGAGCGCACUCAAGGGCCACCUGUACGCCGUCGGAGGCAGGAACGCCGCGGGAGAGCUCGCAACGGUGGAGUGUUAUAACCCCAGGACGAACGAGUGGACGUACGUGGCCAAGAUGAGCGAGCCUCACUACGGUCACGCAGGAACGGUCUACGGAGGUUACAUGUACAUUUCAGGCGGCAUUACGCACGACACCUUCCAGAAGGAGCUGAUGUGCUUCGACCCGGAAGUGGACCGGUGGUCGCAGAAGGCUCCCAUGACGACGGUGCGCGGUCUGCACUGCAUGUGCACGGUGGGCGACCGGCUCUACGUGAUCGGCGGCAACCAUUUCCGCGGCACCAGCGACUACGACGACGUCCUGAGCUGCGAGUACUACAGCCCGGCGCUGGACGUGUGGACGAGCAUCGCGGCCAUGCUGCGCGGCCAGAGCGACGUGGGCGUGGCCGUGUUCGACAACAAGAUUUACGUAGUGGGCGGCUACUCGUGGAACAACCGCUGCAUGGUGGAGAUCGUGCAGAAGUACGACCCGGACAAGGACGAGUGGCAUAAAGUGUUCGACCUGCCCGAGUCGCUGGGGGGGAUCCGGGCGUGCACGCUUACAGUGUACCCUCCGGACGAGCUGGCGCUGGCGGGGUCGCCCAACCGGGAGUCACCCCUGUCCGCCCCUUGAAAACGGAGGGGGGGAGAGAUGGAAAGAGAGGGAGAAAGACGCUGAAGCACAGACACGUGGACUGCUCGAGGGACUUUUUCUCGGUUCGCAUCUCUCCCUCCGUGGGUUCUCUUUCUUUUUCUCUUCCUCUCUCUCUCUCUCACACACAUUCUCUGUCUCCAGGAAAAGAAAAAAAAAAGACAAUGUUUGCACUUCGUCCCCGCCCCCAAUUUUUCUCUGAGAAGUGUCUGCGGUGAAGCCCCGCCCUCCCCCCCUCAACCCCUCCCUCAUUUCUGCAAUCUAUGCUGAAGAACCCUCAUUCCUUUCUCUUUAUCCUUCACCCCCACCCCUUCUUAUUUUUGAGAUGGGAAUCAAAAAUUGGGACACCACCUCGGUUGGGCAACCUAAUUAUAUCUUGAUGUUACUUUUUUUUUGGUUAUUAUUAUUAUUAUUAUUAUUAUUAUUAUUAUUAUUAUUAUUAUUAUUAUUAUUUGUUUUUACUCCUCACCUUAUUUGGCAGGAAUAAUCUUGACUUGAAGAAAAAAAAAGUGACUUUGCAACUCAACUUUUCUACCUGACACGUCUGGAGUUUUCAGUAUGCUGGUAUCGUCGUCCUCUCCACUACAGCAGUCCUACACUACAGCACACAUCACCCCCUCCACCCUUUCCACUACCUCUCUUUCUUUCAUUCUUUUUUUUCCCCUCUCAUUGUCCUUCUUUCCUACUGAUUAUUUCUCUUUAUCACUCAUUCCUCAUCUUAACCUCUCUCUCUCUCUCUCUCUCUCUCUCUCUCUCUCUCUCUCUCUCUCUCUCUCUCUCUCUCUCUCCCCUCCACUUUUCCACUCCUUUUUUUAAUUUUUAUUUAUUUAUUUUUUUUCUUCCCUCUGCAUCACGUGUAAGCUGCCGGGGGGGGGGUUAGUUGACCUUUGACUUCAGGAAGUAGAAACGUGGAAACGGAUUUCAACUCAGGGGCUGGCCUGUCCUCCCCCCCCCCAACCUCCCCACACUCUCCCCAAAAUCCCGUAUCCCCCUAAAAUGACAUUUCAUUACUUUGUUCCUGCUGUUAUGAACCAUUUGAGAAAAAUGGUGUUUUCUAAAAUUUAAUAAAACCAGAUUUUGAGCAAAGUACGUCGACACGAUAAUCAGGUCUGUUGAGUAUCCACACCUGUUUGCUCGCUCGCUCUCUCUGUCUCUCUCUCGAACGGAGUGUGUGUUUGUCCAGCUGCGCUCUGAGCGUUCAGGGCGACAGCGCGGUCACCAAGGUGACUCCUGCCAUCUGUCCCCCCGUGUGUGUGGGCGGAGGCCUUCGGUCAAGUGCAUAUGGUCACUAAUCUACAGCACACACUCAACCAGACCGUGUGGCACACACCUUAUGGUGCCCUCUGAAACUGGGUCAUGGACCAGCUGCGUGUGUGUGUGCGCGCUGAAAGGUAAGUGUGUAUGGAAAGGACACACACUCACACCAUGAUAUAGAUGCGGAGGUGUCAGUCUUGCUUUUUCAGACGAUACAAUAUAUAAACGGUUCGGUUAAACAAGUAACGAUUCAACUCGUCACCGAUUCGAUUCAACAUCGAUGCGUUUUGAUUCAGCGCUGAUGCGAUUCGAUUCAUCACAGAUUACCAUUUCAUUCAGCAUGGUUGGAUUCAACGCUGAUAUGAUUCGAUUCAUAUCAUGAUUCUGAUAUGAUUCGAUUGACGCUAUUCGAUUCAACGCUGACCAGAUUCAGUUCGUCGACAAUUUGAAUCGACACCAAUAUGAUUCUAUUUAGCACUGAUUAAAUUUGAUUAAGCGAUUUGGUUUGACACGGAUAUGAUUCGAUUCAGCAUCAGUAUGGUUCUAUUCAGCACAGAUGCCGUUCGAUUCGGCACGGAUGAUCCGAUUCGAUUCAGCAAGGAUACAGUUUGAUUCGACACCGCUGAAGGAUUGUCUAGGUGGGUGUGGCCGUUUGACUGACAGGACGAUUUGGACGGCCGAGCGACGUCAUCCAUGCAGACGGGGGAAAUGGACGCGAGUCACUAAUUACUCUGAGGUUAUACUGCGUCGUGGCUCGUUAGAGCAACAUUAACGUUCUUCGUAAUGGAGCUGAGGAAUUUCGCUUCCCUGGGGUUUGGAAUUAUUCUGUUUUAAUAAAAAAAAUAAUCAUUGUGUGUAGCAGCAUUAAAGAAAUCCAGGCUUCGGUCAGGAUCCCUAAUGAGCGAGCCAGAGGCGACGGUGGUGAGAGACGUCUCUCCUGACAGCAUGAGGGAGAAACCUUGAGAGAGGCUGAGCUCCAAUUCAAUCCCAUCAAUUUGGGGAAAAUUGGUUUUAUGAUUUUCAUGGUUUUAUAGCUUCCAUUUGCAUCUCUCCAUCCAACUCGAGCCUUCAGUUAUUUAUUAAUAACUACCAUUUGUCAUUUUCUGCAUCUUCUCUCUCUCUCUCUCUCUCUCUCUCUCUCUCUCUCUCUCUCUCUCUCUCUCUCUCUCUCUCUCUCUCUCUCUCUCUCUCUCUCACAUACAGUACAGGUAUGAAGUAGCAAGAAGUAAAGCCGGGGCUGCUUUUCUUCCUAGCCAAGGCUGUAGAUUCUUGCAGCCAAUCAGUGACAACCAUGGUAAUCAGGUGAUUACACAGAGACACGCCCCUUAGAUCUCCCUUAGUUUUGAAUGACAAUUUUCAUGUCAUCAGCAAUGAUUUGAGAAGGAGCAUGCGCAAUACAGCUGCAGGUGUAAUGAACACGAAUGAGGUGGAUUAUUUAUAGAUGUGCGCGCACACACACACACACACACACACACACACACAUUCUCACACACUCUGUCCUAUUCGCAUCGCUAAUAUCACAACCAGCUGUCACUGCUCUGUUCUACUCCUGUGUUCUCUCUCUCUCUCUCUCUCUCUCUCUCUCUCUCUCUCUCUCUCUCUCUCUCAUACUUUUUAAACUCUGGAACUGGGACAGCUCUUAUCUUCAUCCCUGAUUGGCUCCUGGCACCGUUGUCAUGGUUCCUCGUCUCUGAAUCCUGCCCUAGCCGACUUGGCAGAUACGAAAAGCGGCCAACAAAACGGCGGUGAAUUAUUUAGCCGCUAGCCCGUGCCAAGACUUCAGAUUUGAACCGGUUUUGUUUUGUUUUUUUGUUUUUUUAAAUCUGUGAAGUAUGGUGUGUGAGAGAGAGAGGGAGAGAGAGAUUGACUGAAACAUUAUACACAGUGACAGUUCAUAAUUAUAGAUUUGUGAAAUGACAGAUAUUGUAAACAGGCAACUUGUAAAGUGUGUGCAGUAUUUAUGAUGCCAAUAAUCCUCUGACGAGCAGCUUUACAUUCCAGUAUUGUGUAUCUUAUCGACUGAGCUGCUGCUUUAAGGUGUGUGCGUGUGUGUGUGUGUGUGUGCGACCCUGCACUGACUUGCUCGACAGGAGGUGUAUUUAUAUACUUGCUGACGCUCGAGGCCGUUUAGAAAACAGACCGACACGCCAUUUUAUCAUCCUUUCUGCCUCUGUUUGCUGUUAUUCCUGAUCCCUCACUAGUCCCCAAGAACAUAUCAGGAUGCUGAUAGUGAACCGUGUGUGUGUGUGGGUGAGGGAA